AUGCAAGAUCAUGUGCGAACUACAAUCCGAGAGGCUGCUGCAGAGGCAGAGAAUGGCCGCAUCAUGAAGCGGAAGCGAGGGGGUGGAAGGGGGCGAGGUGGCCGAGGCCGUGGCAAGCGGGCUGCUGAGCUCGAGGGCGAUGGCGAGGCAAAGGGGCCUGGCAAGGAGGAGCCGGAUGAUCGUGAGAAGCCCCCGGCCGUUCGCAAGACCCGUGCCAGCAAGCUUUUGAAGAACCCGAAGGCCAGUGGCAGCAAGGACCCCCUGUCGACCCUCACCAAGAAGCUUAUGACCCCGAGAAAGAAGAAGAAGGUGCAGCAGGGCCUUGAGGUGAUUCGCCAGGCGAAUCUCAAUGGGCUCGAGGUUCCCUUCGAGCUGAGUGGCCAGCCGCUCGCCUUGACAUGGUGUGCAUGCGAUCAGUGUCUGCACUUAUACUGCUGCUCGAAGCUACGGCCAUAG